ACAUUUUUUUUUCGAUUUUAUUUUAAUUAUAUUAUUAAUAUGCCUACUAGGUAUAAAGUAGGCAUGCCUUUAAUUAAUGUUUGUUGUCUUUUGAAAAUAAAAAAAUUUUCUAAUAGUCUAUUUAGGUACAAUAAAUUUGAAUUUGAUAAAUGAAAUGUUUCAGAUACCUGCUAGUCACGAAGAAUGGAAUGUUAUUGAAAGGGGUUUCCAUUCUAGAUGGAAUUUUCCAGGGGUAUAUGGUGCUAUAGAUGGAAAACAUGUGAUGAUACGUGCACCGCCUGAUUGUGGCAGUGAUUUUUUUAAUUACAAAGGAUCAAACAGUAUUAUUUUAUUGGCAGUUGUAGAUGAUGACUAUUGUUUUACUUAUAUAAAUAUUGGAGCUAACGGAAGAUGUUCAGAUGGCGGUGUUUUACAAAACAGUUCUCUUUCACAUGAACUUGAAAAUGGUAUGUUACCAACCGGUGGAUUUUUUGUUGCAGAUGCAGCAUUUCCACUAAAACAUUAUUUAUUAAAACCUUACCAACACACACCUCUAACACACGACCAAAAAAUUUUUAACUACAGGCUAUCAAGGGCCCGGAGAAUAGUGGAAAAUGCAUUUGGCAUACUUGUAAGCAGAUUUAGGAUUUUUGAAAAACCUAUAGCAACAGAUGUAUCAGUAACAGAUAAAAUUAUACACACAGCAUGCGCUUUGCAUAACUGGCUAAGAAAGACUUCAAACACUUACUUGACCAGAGAAAAUGUAGACUUCGAAAAUGUAGAUACCGGGGAAAUCAUACCAGGAUCAUGGAGACAAGAAACCCUAGCGUUACUGCCAAGUAUUAACCGAAUAGGUAGUAACCAUUCAUCUAGACAAGCUAGAGAAUUAAGGGAAAUGUAUACAAAAUACUUUACAAAUGAAGGUGCUGUCUCGUGGCAAUCAAGAAUGAUUAAUUAAAUCACCUCUUUACAUACUAUAAUAUAA